AUGGAUAAUCAGCCUCUCGUCAAUGCUGUAACGGCACUAUCGAAACUUACUGGCAAAGCGCCUGUUUCCGUCAAGACGAAGACCCUUAUCGACCCAGCUUUGCCUCGUGGAGUGAGAGGUUGGUUCAAUGGAGAUGACCCAGAGAAUUAUAGCCGAAACGGCAAGUAA